AUGUCCGACAAAGAUUAUCAAAGCGAUGGUGAUGACAACUUCGAUGAGAACGAUUCAUAAAAUGAGGAAGAUAGACUAUAAAUUCUAGAAGCAGAUGAGGUAGCAGCUGGAGGAGGAGAGAACGAUGAAUUCGCAGUGGGCAAAAAAAAGCAAGCUACAGAGAGAAUCACUUCAAGCUUUAUGACUAAGUACGAAAAGGCAAGAGUCCUAGGAACAAGAGCCUUACAGAUAUCAAAGAAUGCUCCACUCAUGAUCUAACCUUUACCUGGAGAAUGUGAUCCUUAUAAGCUAGCUGAGAGAGAACUCAAUGAAAGGAGAAUUCCCUUUAUCAUUAGGAGAUAUUUACCAGAUGGAACCUACGAAGACUGGAAACUCUCUGAGUUAACUUAUUGA